AUGGGGACAAUAAACGUCAUCCUUGCCGCCCUAGGGAGAACCGGCUUUUUUCCUUCCGGGGUACUGUUUGUGGCUCGGCUCCUUGCCGAGGAUGGUGAAAAGGAGUCCAAGAGAUCUAAAAAGGGAAACUCACUAAUGCUGGGGUUCUUAGAUGGCGACAAGAGGGGAACUAUCCAACCUCACGACGAUGCUUUGGUAGUUACGUUGAGGAUUGGAGGGUUUGACGUGAAGAGGGUACUAGUAGAUCUGGGCAGUGCUGUGGAGGUGAUGUACCCUGACCUGUAUAGGGGGCUGAACCUAAACCCUGAGAACUUGACGGCUUAUGACUCUCCUUUUAUUAGUUUCGAAGGGAAGACUGUCAUACCAAAAGGGCAGAUCAGAUUGCCCAUACAGACCGGAUCAGAGGUGGUGGAGGUGGAUUUUAUUGUGGUCGACGCUUACUCACCCUACAUGGCUAUAGUAGCCAGACCUUGGCUCCACGCCUUAGGACUCAUGUCUUCUACACUUCACCAAAAGGUAAAAUACCCAUCGGGGGGCCAAGUGGAAGAGAUUGGUGGAGAUCAAGCCAUGGCUAGGCAAUGCAUAGUGGCCGCCAUCUCACGCCGGUCCAAUGCCAAGUCCUCGGCUUCUGUAAAGAACUUAUAG